AUGCUCCCCCGCAACAAGGCCGGUAUGCGGAAGGUCAUCAAAGCCUUCCAGGAUGCAAACCGCGAUCCCGCCGAGCUGUGGAGUGAGGGAGGUCUGAUGGUCCAGCUCAUUGACUUUGAGAAUCUGGAGCCCAAGGCGCUUUCUCAGACUCAGAGAGAAAAGACGCCCAGCAGCGAAAACGAGCAAGCAACACUCGAUAGAGAGAAUACUGAGCCGAUGUCUGAGCAUCUUGCAGAGUCAAUAACAAUCGUCGAGUCACCAGUUCUUGAAGCCACAGAGUCCACUGGUAGACAACCUCAGACCACUGACAUGGCCAAACCUGUGAGCGCUACCAUCGAGACCCUGCGAAACGGCGAUGGACUAGACAGCCAAGACAUGACGCGGUGUGCGAAAUUAUUCCCCCGCCCUCCAGAUUGGUACAUCUUCCCACCCGGCUCCUCCUUCACAGACGCCGACGAAAUCCACGCUCAACAUCCCGCUCUGAAAGCGCGACACAUAGCAUUCUUCGUCUACAGCCAGAAUGAGAACCAGUGGGCGCUUUGUCAUCUCGACGUGGGCAAGGCAACUCUGGUCCAUCACUUGACAAACCAUCUCACAAAGAUCCCUGCAAAGGAACUUGUAGAUUGGUUGAGAUCGCAACCAAAGUUCAGCAUGAAAGGGAUGAUGUUCGUGAAACAACCCGGCCCUAUUCACAUCGACAGUACCAGCGGCGGGAUCUAUUCCCUUGUUUUUCUGAAGUGUCUCAUGGCUAGGGAGAGGGUUCCUCGAUGCGUCGACACUGCAACCGCCCGUAUGGAAUUCAUUAAGAUGAUUGGACCAGCCGAUGCAGAUGAGAACAUGGCAACAGAAGACUUGACCUCCACCAAAGACACUGGCUUGGACGGGGAGACGAUUCCCACUGAGAUGCCAAAGGAUCAGGCUAUCCCCAUUGAUCUCCAGCUUCAAGUGCCUUCUUCCAAGUCCAAUCUGGCAGAGUCUUCAGCCCACAAGAAGCAGGAACUGGCUAUGGUCUCCCCUCGUCUGAGGGGAAAGAAGUCAGAGCAGAUCGUGCUCAUUUCGUCAUCCGAGAGCUCCCCGCAGCCUAUAUCUGAUCAACCUGAGUUUGGAGAACUUACAGAUGAUGAGGCAGCGAACACUGAAUAUGUAGACACUGCACCUAAAGACAACGCACGAGCAUCAGAGACCAACACACCCCUAAGCGAUUCCGAUGAUACUCUCACCCUCGCCCAAUCUCUCGAAGUGAACUUUGCCGCUUUUCUCAAUCAACGACGCAAGCUUGAAGCCUGCGUAAAGGCCGAGAAAUCCAGCGCAAAGAAGAAUGAUGAGACGAUCGCUGAGCUCAAGCAAGCUCGACACGAACUCAUCGAAAGGCAUAGCAGGGGCACACACGACCUGAGUCGCAAGGUUUCUGAGUUGGAGAUGCACCUUGAAGCAGCGAAGAGAGCCCUUGAAAUGGCGGAGAGGGCGGAGAAGGAUUCUGAUGUCAGUCUUACGGAGCUUGGGGACAAGAUUCGGGGUGAAGAGAGAAGUAAGGCUGAAGCUGUUGAGAGGAUAAGGCAGUGGGAGGCUACGCUGGCCAAGACUGCGUUCCAGUCUACGUGA